AUGUCUCCACUGCAGCUCUCCGUCUACUGGCGUCUCUCCCUCAUCUUCUUCUUCUUGUCCUUCCUCUUCUUCCUCGACAUUUUGUUGGCCGCCGUGGUCACUGAAAGGUGUCGCCACGGCAACGGCAGCGCCGUCGCCCUGGCCUCCUGGCUUGAGGAGAACAACCAAUCAGGACCCGGUGAUGUUUUAAACUGCAAAGGUGUUCAGAGGACUGAGAGCAUGAACCGAGACUCAGUGUGUGGCUGGACAGACUGGCUGUCGUACGGUCAGACUCUCUACAUGUUCGGCCUGCUGCUGGGAUCUCUGGUGGGCGGAGCCAUAUCUGACCGGUACGGGUCACGUCCGGUGCUGCUGGUGUUUGUGUGCGUGCACACCGUGUGCGGCCUCGUGCCCGCCGUCCUUCCUCAGCCAAUCAUCUUCCUCGCUGUUCGCUGCCUGGCGGGCGCCUGCUGCUGCAUCAUCAACAUCUGUGGCUUCUGCCUCGCCGUGGAGUGGACUCUUCCCGCCGCUCGCCUCUGGCCGCCGGCCUUCCUGCCGUUCUGCUUCAGCCUGGGGACGAUGGGCGGAGCUCCACUGGCCUGGCUCAGCCCCACCUGGAAACAACUUCACCUGUCGCUGGCUCUGCCGCAGCUCGUCUGCCUGCCGCUCUACCUUUCAAUCCCAGAGUCUCCUCGCUGGUUGCUGUUGAGGAGGAGGAUGGAUGUUCUGGAGCGUUACCGUAGCAACAGCCCUGGAGAUCAGCGCUGUCUGGACCAGCUGCUGGACUCGGCCUGCUCCGACCAGCAGAAGGUUCCGAACAAAGAACCUGCCAAUGAAGGCCACGCCUCCAGUGACAUCAUCACCCACCUGAGACACCCCACCGUGCUGCUACGGCUGCUCAUCAUGAGCUAUCUCAGCGUUGCAUCAGCGCUGACCUACUUCGGGAUUUGUAUGAACAUUGGCUCAUUUGGCGUCGGCAUUUACUCCGCCCAGUUCUUCUCUGGCCUAUCAGAAGCUCCCUGCCUGCUCCUCCCUUUGGCUCGUCUGGGACGCCGACCAAUCAGCAUGCUCACCCUGUUCCUGAGCGGCACCGCCUGCUUCCUGUCGCUGCUGCUGUCCAGAUACGACGGUGAGCCGGUGCUGGUGAUGAGUUUGGCUCUGGUGGGGAAACUCUGCAUCCUGGCUGCCGCCACCAUCUCCGUCCUGUACUGCAUCGAGCUGUUCCCCACCGUGGUCAGGCAGCGCUGCAUAUCGCUGGUUAACUUGUGUUUCCGAGUCGGCUCUCUGGUCAACACUCUCGUGCCCCCGAGUCCCAACGGAGCGAUCUCACUGGCUGCCAUGGCGGUGUACAGCAGCGGACCAAUCAUAGGCUGCGGCCUGACUCUGCUGCUGCCAGAGACCAGCGGCGUCCCGCUGCCCGACUCGGUGGAGGACUGCGACCGGCAGCCGAAGCCCCGCCUCCCCCGCCUGGACGCCCUCUGGAGGACAAGGAAGCUGGUGAGCAGCCAAAGCAGGAAGACGGAGAUCCUCCCUGCAGAGGACGACAUGCAGCAGCACUCGGGACUGAUCUAG